UCUGGCGUCUUCUUGCAAAUUAAAAAAAAAAAAUGGUGCGAGAAAAACAAUGCGGGUAGAGCCGGGCUGGAAGGCGCCUGGCGGGGCAGGCAGCGGCGGGACGGGCUCCCGGCGGCUUCGGCCGCGCCGCCGCCUCGGCUCCCCCGCGCCCGGGGCAGGGGCAGGGGGUGCAGUGCCGGGGGCGAGCGAGGCGGCGGAGAGUGCUCGCCCCCCGCGCCUCCGGGGGCCGCCGCAGGAGACAACAAACCUGGUUCCUGAGAGUUUGAUUUGGAGGGAGACCAAACCACUUCUGCCUGCGGAUGAAGGUGUUCCACUGUGUUACCCUCAUGUCAAAAUGGGUGAAGAUGGAUAAUUAUGAACCACAUGGACAGACAGUGAAGACUGCAUAACCCACCAAGUGACAAGACACAGGCUACGUUUUUUCACACUGAUGUUAUAAGAAGAAAGUGUUAUAAAAAUCAGUCAUGGAUUCACCAUGUGUAGCGACGGCCUCCGUCACCCCCCUCCAUGAACCCCUAUCCUGCAUCCUGGUGCUGCAGUUCUGGAACCCUGUACAUUAGAGCCUUGCCAUGGGCCCUCUUAACUCCUCAGCUCAGGGUGCUGGUUAGAGGGAGCUGGUCCUGCAAGAAGCAAACACAUCCCAGAGACUUGCCUAUGUAAGUCUGUGAGGGCAAACUCAUUCCCUUUGACUGAGCACCCUUCUGAGGGAAAUGACAAAAGUUUGUUGCAAACGUUUGUGACAAUUUGCUACAGAGCCAUUUGGGUCUGUAGGUCACUGAUAAGACUUCGGGAUUAUGAACUGGAACAAAAAUCUCAGUGAAACAGUUCAAUAAUUACUUGAUUUUUUUUAACUAUAAUUUGUCAUGAAGAAAAAGAGAACACCUCAUCCAAAGGCAAUUUUACUGGAGGGAUUGUUCCGACACAAGCAGCAGGCAGCAAGGGAGGUGCCAGCCCAGGGAAAAUGUGCAUGGGACCAUUGGCAGGACACCUAUGGGAAGGUAAAACCUAAAAAUCCACGUGAACUCUUCAGAAUAUCAGUCGACAGUAUUGCAGCUCAUGGCAAUAAAGUUCCCACCUUAACAAUUCAGUAGGAAAUGGUGCAAAUCAAUAGAGAGCUUACUGAAAAGCACCCAAAGUCAGAGCCUGAUCCAUAUUUAGAACAACUAAGUUUCAGAGCAUGCAUGGAGCUGUCACCUGAGGACAUUUUUUCUAACAGAAAACCGAAACCAAGACUAACUGCAUCAUUAGACACUGGGGACUUGCAGGAAUGGAGAGUGGGAUAGCAAAGCAAACUCCUCAGUUAAACUCAGUGCUCUCAAAUCCAUCUCAUCCCAGAAUAGGGGUGAGAGCUGGAACUGAACUUCAUGGGGUUUCUGAGCUUCCUGGAAACUGCAGAUGUGUAUUUUUUAUAGUAAUUGCUAUGUAAGUGAUCCUUUCAAUUUCUUCCAUACAUCCUUUUAAUACCCUCUGCAGAUCCAUCAGCAUUCACUGGUUAUUGUGUGACCUGAUCCAUUCAGUCAGCUUGUAUUAAAGCACUGGUCUUUGGUAUGCAUGAAAGAAAAUCAUUUUAUUUUGUAUUACACAAACAGGGUCAGGCCCACAUUUAAUGUAAACCUGAAAUGUGCACUGCUUUAUGGCCCUUUCAGGUACUAUAUUUAUGCAAAACCAUCUAUUUGGAAUAUGAAACUUGCUAUGCAUUCAGAGUGUUCAAUUUAAAUACAGCUGCUCUUGUUAUUUCUUCAAGUAUGAUUUCAGAGGUUUUAUAUUUACAUUGUUAUAUAAAUAAAGUUAAUCAGAUGGUUGAGCAGAUACUGUGA